GUCUCGGGAAGAUCGCUUGCGCGCGGCAGCAUCGGAUAUUUUCAGCAAAGCAUCGUCCCUGUCGCUCUCCCUUGUUGCAUUGAAUCCAUUCGGAGCAUACGAUGGACUUAUCGCAGUUCAAGAUGUCGAAGACAGGCUAGUAUAGGCAGAACUAUGGUGUCAAUCGUGUCAAAUCAUGCGCAUUCCCAUUUUUCAAAUUUGUUUGGCUCUUUAUCCCCUCCAAGAAUCCAAAAUCACUUCCGAUCCCAAGACGAUUGCUGCAAAUAUGCGAAAGCUUGGGCUUUUAGCACAAAGGUAUAAUUUAUGCGUGGCCUACGAAGCCCCUUCAUGGGGUAUCCACAAGAAUACAUGGCAGCAUAUCCAGGAAGUCCUCGAUCUAGUCAAUCUUCCGAACGUCGGACAUUGCCUUGACACAUUCCAUAUAGCGUCAAAAGAGGCAGGCGAUCCGUUUAAUGUUGAUUCGCCUGUGCGACCGGACGGUAUGAAACGUCUGCGACAUAGUUUGGAGGAAUUGCAGCAAACGGUCGACCCUUCUCGCAUCGUUUAUCUACAGCUUAGCGAUGCGACUGUUGCAGAUCCAAAGCAACGAGCGUACCCACGGAGAGACUUGAAUCAGCCUGCAUUUAUGACUCAGUCCCAGAAAUUGUCGCAUAUUUCCUUGCGAGGAGAACUACGGAGGAACUCUGCCGGCUUUACAGGUUGCUAAGACUUUGUUUGAUAUGGGGUAUUCUGGCUGGGUGUCAAUGGAAGCUUUCCAUACAGACAUGUCUGAAACUCGGUCUUCGUGAGAGGAUCCCUCUCAAAUACCAUGAUAUUCUGCUAACUUUAGGAAGGGUACCGGAUCAUUGGGCAGAUCGUGGUAUGAAAUCGUGGAAUGAAGUUGCUCUCCAAUGCGGACUUAUUCGUCAUGAGUACCCUUAAUGUAUUUUGAAUAACUUGAACUAAUAACUCCUAGGCGGGAAGAUAUAGCGAAUUGAUUGCGUUUGGGUAUAAGAUUCUGAAGUGAUCAGCUGCCUUACUCAAGAAGAUAAUUCUGGAUGUCGCAAUUUUCUCGGUUCCUAAUUACU